UGUGUGUGUGUGGCGCGCAGGGGGACAGAACACACGCGACACACCACCGCGCGGACUGCGUGACAGUGCGCGUCUGAGCGCGCGUGUACGUGCGGGCAUCGCGGCGAAGAUGUUUGGCGAAAGUUGGGUGAGGAUGAUGAUGAUGUACGCUGGAUGUUUCCUGCUGCUGCUGUGCGGGCACACGCGCGUCAUGGCGAGUUAUCCCAUCUGGUGGUCCCUUGCAGUGGGUCACCAAUACUCAUCGCUGGGUACCCAACCUAUCCUGUGUGGCAGCAUCCCUGGCCUGGUGCCCAAGCAGCUGCGAUUCUGCCGGAACUAUGUGGAGAUCAUGCCCAGUGUGGCGGAGGGGGUGAAGAUUGGCAUCCAGGAGUGCCAGCAUCAGUUCAGAGGUCGGCGCUGGAACUGCACCACUGUUAACGACAAUCUGGCCAUUUUUGGGCCAGUGCUAGAUAAAGCCACGCGGGAAUCAGCAUUCGUUCACGCCAUUGCUUCAGCGGGUGUGGCGUUUGCAGUGACCCGUGCCUGCGCGGAGGGUUCUGCUACUAUCUGUGGGUGUGACACGCGCCACAAAGGCCCCCCAGGAGAGGGAUGGAAGUGGGGGGGCUGCAGUGAGGAUGUGGAGUUUGGCAGCAUGGUGUCCCGGGAGUUCGCCGACGCCAGGGAGAAUCGCCCUGACGCACGUUCGGCCAUGAACCGCCAUAACAACGAGGCGGGAAGAACGUCCCUCAAUGACAACAUGUUCUUGAAGUGUAAGUGCCAUGGCCUCUCUGGCAGCUGUGAGGUCAAGACUUGCUGGUGGUCUCAGCCUGACUUCCGGGUUAUUGGUGAUUACAUGAAGGACAAGUAUGACAGCGCAUCGGAGAUGGUCGUGGAGAAACACAAGGAGUCCCGUGGCUGGGUGGAAACCUUGCGACCGAAGUACAACUACUUCAAACCCCCCACUGACCGCGACCUGGUUUAUUACGAGACUUCGCCUAAUUUCUGCGACCCAAACCCUGAGACUGGCUCUUUCGGCACUCGUGAUCGCACCUGCAACAUGACGUCGCAUGGCAUAGAUGGCUGUGACCUUCUCUGCUGUGGCAGGGGUCACAACACCCGGACUGAAAAGAGGAAGGAGAAGUGCCAUUGUAUUUUCCACUGGUGCUGCUACGUCAGCUGUCAGGAGUGUAUGAGAGUCUAUGACGUGCACACUUGCAAAUAGGAAAACUUCUGGCACUCUUCUUUUCUUAGCAUAACUUAAAGACUUCAAUAGGUAGAAGGACAAAUGCAAAAAAAAAAAAAAAAAAAAAAAAAAAGAAAGAAAGAAAAAAAAAACCCUAUACCACCCUAGACUUGAAAGACAGCCGUCUGGCGUGUCUGCGUGCUCAGCCAGCGGCGGAUGAGAUGGCCCUGUGUGCUGUACUGUGAUGCUAAA